GGACACGUAAACGGUUGCACAGUUGUCCAGAAUCGGGUUCGGCACGCCAUUGUGGAAAAUAGUUAUUUUCUCAUUAUUGACCCUACAGUCUGAGCUAUUGUUCCUAGUUGACUUAUCACGAGUAUAUUAAUUACAGAAGAAACUGACCCACAAUGGCUACGGACUCCUGGGCGCAGGCAGUGGACGAGCAGGAAGCAGCGGCGGAAUCGAUCGGCAGCCUUCAAAUAAAAGAGAAACCAGAGGAAAAUGGUACGACUGCAAACGCAACGGACUCCAGCAGUGGAGCUGCAAAGUCAGAAGCUGGAGAAGGCGGCAAGUCUACAGAUGACGAUGACAAAGAGGACAAAGCGGCGCAGUCACUGUUAAACAAGUUGAUCCGAAAUAAUCUUGUCAAUACAACAAAUCAAGUGGAAGUUCUUCAGAAGGAUCCCAACUCCCCGCUCUACUCUGUCAAGUCAUUUGAAGAAUUGCGACUCAAACCACAGCUGCUUCAGGGAGUGUACGGUAUGGGUUUCAAUCGGCCAUCCAAAAUCCAGGAAACUGCCUUACCUAUGAUGCUGGCUGAACCUCCACAGAAUCUGAUCGCUCAGUCACAGUCAGGAACAGGAAAAACAGCUGCCUUUGUCCUCGCCAUGCUCAGCCACGUAGACCCUAACAACAAAUAUCCCCAGUGCCUGUGUGUGUCCCCCACUUAUGAACUGGCACUUCAGACUGGUAAGGUGAUCGAGCAGAUGGGUAAACAUUAUCCAGAGGUCCAACUAGUCUACGCCAUUAGAGGAAAUAAAUUGCAGCGGGGUAUGAAACUACAGGAACAGAUAGUUAUUGGGACACCUGGUACCAUGCUGGACUGGUGUGGUAAAUUCAAGUUCAUAGACCCCAAGAAGGUGAAAGUGUUUGUGCUGGAUGAGGCCGACGUCAUGAUUGCCACACAGGGUCACCAGGACCAGAGUAUCCGUAUCCAGAGGAUGCUUCCUAAAAACUGCCAGAUGUUGCUGUUCUCAGCCACAUUUGAAGAGUCAGUGUGGAACUUUGCUCAGCGCAUUGUGCCAGAUCCCAACAUCAUCAAGUUGAAGAGAGAAGAGGAGACGCUGGAUACUAUCAAACAGUACUAUGUGCUGUGCAACUGCAAGGAGGAGAAGUUCCAAGCUCUCUGUAACAUCUACGGAGCCAUCACCAUCGCCCAGGCCAUGAUCUUCUGCCAUACAAGGAAGACUGCAGGCUGGCUGGCAGGAGAGCUGUCCAGAGAAGGCCACCAGGUAGCACUGCUCAGUGGGGAAAUGCAGGUGGAGCAGAGGGCUGCUGUCAUUGAACGCUUCAGAGACGGAAAAGAGAAGGUCCUGGUCACCACAAAUGUGUGCGCUCGAGGUAUUGAUGUAGAGCAGGUUUCUGUGGUGAUCAACUUUGACUUGCCAGUCGACAAGGAUGGAAAUCCCGACAACGAGACUUACCUGCACAGGAUUGGACGCACAGGUCGAUUUGGGAAAAGGGGAUUGGCCAUCAACAUGGUGGACAGCAAGAUGAGCAUGAACAUCCUCAACAGGAUCCAAGAGCAUUUCAAUAAAAAAAUUGAAAAACUAGACACAGACGAUCUGGAUGAAAUUGAGAAAAUUGCCAGCUAAAGAAAACGGCGUGAACGCAUGAAGGACGCCAGCCCAACUACCCAUCCCCUCUCCGCUCUCCAAGGACUGUAUGCUCCUACAGUGUUUUAUGCUUUUAUCUUUUUUUUAGCUGUUGGAGAAAUGAGCAAAACCACAAACACAGCAUAUGUUUACAUGUGGAUAUGUCUCCUCUCAGACAAAUAUUUUGUAAGUCUCUGGAACAUACCCCAUUUCACUCUUUGUACUUCUUUGAAUAAAGUCUAUGAGUUUAUUGCUGUGUAUUGUGAUGCUGUAAAAGCAGGCAUAGUUGACCUUUUUAUUAAACACGCAUAGAUUUUAAACAACACUUUUUAGUGUUUGCUGUAGUGGUGGCAUGAUACAAUUCUAUAAAGAGAUUCACAAAAAACCUAAUAGAAAAAUAAGCAUUCUAUGUGCCACAAAGUUUUUAAUAUUACAAGUAACCAAGUAUAACUGAAUGUAACCGUAUCAUGUGAACUAUUACAGCUUUUUAUUGUGCUUUGUUAUAACUACCAAAACCGGUACAAAGGGUGAAAUUGGGUAUGCUGCUCUGAGUGGUAGUUUAAUCAUUUAAGAUAUGUAAUUUUGAUGGUGACGGUUGGGGUUUCAAGGGUCUAUGCAAACUUAUCAACCUGUGAUAGCUAUUAUCAAAUACUAUCAACCUGUAUUCACGUGACACAAAUUAAUCCUGAAAUAACCUCAGCUUUAGCAUCAGGGUGUGUAGUCAAAUGCCAAAACAGGCUGCCUAGAGUAAUAACACACUACUAACUCCAAGUCAUGGACAUUUAGAUGUUUCUGUGUUUAGCCAGUAAUCAAUCAUGAGCCAACCACACAUCUCACUCGCAUGCUAUUUAUAUCAUUUUAAAACACCAAAAUGGCCAUCAUCAGGACAGACUUGGCGCCGCUGCUGAGCAUUAAUCAUUGGUCUUCUUUUUUUCCAUCUUUCACAUAAAAUCUCAUUUUGGUUCCAAAUGUAAAACCAUUAAGGUCUGAUGUGAUCUGUUUCCUUUGUGUCUCAUUGUCCCACACAAUCUUUUCAAUCAGGGUCUCCAGUUGGACUAUAGCUCAGCUACAUUCUUCACCCAGACUGUGCUGUUAUUACGGAUUGUGAGUUUAAAAAAAAAAAAAAAAAACAAUGCCUUCCUCAAGUGCAUUAUAUAUACAUAUGAUUUUGUUAAUAUUCUAAGACAUUGGGCUUAAUAUUCUGACUAACACUUGAAAUUUUGAUUAUAUAUUGAAUUAUGGGCGUCUUUAGGAUGUGUGAAUUAUCUUUUUGAAACCAAAUGCUGAAUUGACUUGAGGACCAGAGGACCUAUGCUAAUCAGAUUCACUGUGUUGCUCCAACAUGGUCGCAUGGAUAGAAAACAUGUACUUGUGUACAUAUUUAAAAUUUUAUGUUAAAGAAAUAGUGUUACUGAAUUACUGAGUUUGUCACUUCUAAGAAGUGCAAAAAACAUUCCUCAUGAGGUUCAAUUUUGACAGACGCAGCACUUCGAAUACAGUGAGCCUAAAUCAGCUUAACCUCGCAUCAGUUGGGUGACUGUACAAAAUCAAGAAAAUGUGUGAUGUCUGGUGUAUUUGAUCAAAGCGCUGGAACUUUAAGACCAGGGAUUGGUCAGUCUGAACCUUCUACAAACCUCAUCUGGCUCCCAGCGGCACAGAGAAGACUGCCGGUGGUUGUCCGGUUUUAAUGGACUAUUUAUGGACAACUUGCUGAAAAUAAUUAAACUCAGUGAAGAGAUGCAGCCAAAUUAGAAGCAAGUGACAGUGUGUUGAAAAUCCACAUGAAUGGUCUAUCAAGAUUUUUUGGGUAAAGAAGCAAUGUAUGCAGUGUUUUUUUGGACAUUCGGAUGUAUACAUUAUCAGUGAGAGUGUGUGUGCACUUUGUUGAUCCAUAUUGUAAUUGCCACUGUAUGAGAGGACAAAGCAGUUUUGGCUAUGGAACUUAACACUCUUCCCCACAUGUUGUAUACCUUGUUUGAUAAUACCGAGAACCUACAAAACCCAGUUCACAAAUGUAUACAUUGCCUAACCAGGCUUAAAGCAAGUUGUAACCUGAAGGUCAUGUGUAGACAAUGAUAGGUUCAAGGUGUGUGGUUCUUCUGUAGCUGAGCUGCGUUCAUGGACACAGUUAUGUAUUCUUAAUAUGUUGAAUUAAAGGAACAUGUAGAUGUUCAUCUGUA